AUGGGUCUUCUUCGCUUGCCGUCCGUCAUUGCCAACACAAAGCAAGUCAUGAAGUUGCAGUCUCUCUUCACUGGGAACAACCAUCACCACCGCCGUCGAUCUUGCUCCGAUGUGCCGAACGGCCACGUCGCCGUCUACGUCGGGGACGUCCAGAGGAGGCGUUUCCUGGUUCCAGUGACAUUCUUGAACCACCCCUCAUUCCAGGAAUUGCUCCGCAGAGCCGAGGAGGAGUUCGGGUUUGACCACCCGACUGGCGGUCUCACUAUUCCGUGCAAAGAGGAGGCCUUUAUCCAACUCACCUCCCAGUUGCAUUCUUCGCGCCGAUCAUCAAGAAACUAA